AUGGGCCCCGGCGGCUCCUGCCGUCAAGACACUACGCGUAAUGCGACCCCCGCGAGCACCUCCACCGUCAGUUCGUCAAGCUCGGCGCCCAUUGUGGACACGAACAGUUCGUUUGAAAUAUUCGCUUAUAGGACAACUGUGUGGAGAUCGAUAUUUUUCUACGCUUUAUCUUUUGGAACCUGCGGUAUAUUUCGGUUAAUUUUACACUGGUUUCCAAAAUGGCAUAUCAAUGUUCGUGCCAAACGUUGCGCCGUCGAGCAAUGCAACUACGUGUUGGUAGUUGAUGCUCAUGACCAUUGUAAUAUCUGUAAAGUAUUUGUUCGUUAUCAUGAUGGAACUGCGCCUACGGUUGUUGCAAAUACCGAUGGUACAAUACAAGAACUGGAUGAACUACGAUGGUUCAUUUUCCGAAAACUGCAGUACUCAUGGGUAGAAGGGAAAUGGUGCACGCCGCAUAGAGCAUAUUCGAAAAUCAAGGCAGAAGAACUUCGCAACUCAACAUCAGUGAAUGGUUUAAAUACAGACGAAGUCGCUCUUCGAAGAACUUAUUUCGGUCUAAACGUUAUGACAGCUGAGUUGACUCCAUUCUUCCAGCUUAUUUGCAAAGAAAUCUUAUCUCCGUUUUAUUUGUUCCAGGCAUUCAGCGUUACGGUUUGGUUUAUCGAUGAUUACGUGUGGUAUGCUGCGCUCAUUAUUGUGAUGACAUCGUACUCAAUUUUUUUGACAUUGAGACAAACCAGGCAACAAGACCGACGAAUUCGAUCGAUGGUGGUCGAACACGAUAGCGUUGAAGUAAUGCGGGACGACGGAAGAGUGAGAACAAUUGACAGCAGCGAGCUUGUACCUGGAGACAUUAUUAUUAUUCCACCGCAGGGAUGCGCUGUUUACUGUGAUUGUGUUCUUUUAUAUGGAAGUGUGAUUGUGAAUGAAAGCAUGCUAACGGGAGAAUCCAUUCCGAUUACUAAGACGGCGAUUUCUGAUGAUGGUCAUGAUAACUUAUUUACGAUAGAAAAGAACUCAAAGAAUAUGAUUUUCAAUGGUACCAAAGUUCUCCAGACCAAGUAUUAUAAGGGUCAGCACGUAAAAGCUUUGGUUAUUCGAACUGCAUAUUCAACAACAAAAGGUCAACUCGUUCGUUCCAUUAUGUAUCCCAAGCCAACAGACUUCAAAUUCUUAACUCAAUUGAUGAAAUUUGUUGGAGUUUUAUCAAUGGUAGCCUUUUUUGGCUUCAUCUAUACUUCUAUUAUCCUUUUCUAUCGAGGUACUUCAAUUUUUACUGUAUUGAUUCGUGCACUUGAUCUCGUUACGAUCACGGUACCGCCGGCGCUUCCUGCUGUUAUGUCAAUUGGUACAUAUUAUUCAUUGAAACGGCUUCGUGAAAAGAGUAUUUACUGCAUAUCACCGACAACCAUUAAUACGUGUGGUGCUAUUGACGUGGUAUGUUUCGACAAAACGGGUACUCUUACUGAAGAUGGCCUUGAUUUUAACGCUGUUCGCUUGGUGAAAAGAAAUAUAACUAAGACCUUUUUUGAUUCGGAAAGUGUUGCCGAUGUUCGCGAAUAUCCAGAUAUCUUGAGAGCCAUGGCUACAUGUCAUUCAUUGACAAAAAUUCAAAAUGAGCUCCAUGGAGAUCCAUUGGAUGCUAUUAUUUUUGAACAAACUGGGUUUUCUUUGGAGGAAGAUGAUGACGAUAGAUCAGCUGAUUCGAUGGAUACUGUCCAGCCUUGUUUGGUGCGGCCACCGGAAAAAUGUCAAAUUCAGGAAGAUUGUUUCAUUUUGAAGCAGUUCAUUUUCAACUCCGGAUUGCAAAGAAUGUCAGUGAUUGUCUCUGCGCAAUCUUUACCAUCUUGCUUAGUGUAUUGUAAAGGAUCUCCGGAAAUCAUCGCCACGUUAUGCAAACCGGAAAGUAUUCCAGAAGAUUUUCAUAAUGUCGUUGAGGAAUACACUCAACAUGGGUAUCGUUUAAUCGCAAUUGCCCAAAAGAGUCUUGAUGAAAACUUCGAUGUCUUGAAAUCUUCAAGAAGCACGAUUGAGUGUGAUUUAGAAUUAAUCGGUCUCAUUUCAUUCGAAAAUCGUUUGAAACCUGUUACAACUAGUGUGAUCCAUAAACUAAAUAAAGCAAACAUUCGGACAGUAAUGGUUACCGGAGAUAACUUGCUCACCGCCUUAUCGGUUGCGCGAGAAUGUGGCAUUAUAAAGAACAACCGGGAUGCUUACUUAAUUGAACACGAUGAAAAAUGUUUGGAUUCACAUGGAAGACGGAAUCUAACUAUUCGGAAGAGAGAUUGUCAUGGAAGUCCUUCAUUGAAAUGCAAUGACUUAAGCAAACUAACCACCCCGGGAUAUCAGUUUGCAAUUGCUGGACCUACAUUCACUGUCAUCGCUCAAGAAUACCCAGAGAUGUUCGAUCAGUUAAUUUGUGUUUGCGAUGUGUUUGCCAGAAUGACACCUGAUCAAAAACAGAUACUGGUUGAGCAUCUGCAGAUUGUUGGGUGUACCGUCGCAAUGUGUGGAGAUGGUGCUAACGAUUGUGCGGCUUUGAAAGCAGCUCACGCAGGAAUUUCACUAUCAGAUGCUGAAGCCUCAAUCGCAGCACCCUUUACUUCGAAGGUUGCUGAUAUUCGCUGCGUGAUCACAAUGGUUAGCGAAGGCCGUGCUGCUCUUGUCACUUCGUUCAGCGCAUUUAUGUUCAUGGCGGGAUAUUCAUUGACACAGUUCAUAUCAAUCCUACUGUUGUACUGGAUCGCUAGUAGUUUAUCUCAAAUGCAAUUCCUUUUCAUCGAUAUGCCUAUCGUCACGGUACUCGCAUGGCUUUCUUCGCGAACUACUGCUUAUGCAACAAUUGCACCAUCACCACCACCUUCCAGCAUUCUUUCGGUCACUAGCAUGGUUUCGUUGUUUGGUCAAUUAGCAAUAGGUGGAUUUGCACAGGUUCUUGUGUUCUGCAUAGUCACAUUACAACCUUGGUUCCUACCUUUUGUUGCUGAUGAAAAUGAUACUGAAGCUUCUCGAAGAAGUCAACAAGGUACCUCCAUUUUCUUCGUCUCAAUCUUCCACUAUAUUGCUAUCAACGCAAUUUUCGCUAAAGGUCCACCCUACCGUAAUACAAUCUUCUCGAACCGUCCAUAUUUUGGGACUCUUAUUCUUCUAAGCAUUUUCUGCAUGUGGCUCGUUUUAUGGGACUUUACAAUUGUCCAAGAAUAUCUCGGCUGCGUAAAUUUGCCUUUUGAAUUCCGAGCAAUGAUUCUUGUUGUGGCGUGCGCUGUUGUCUGCAUUUCUUUAAUUUUCGAUCACUUUUUGGAAAAAAUUUCGAAGUACAUCCGAGAAAAAUUCAUCGGUCUUUUGCAACUUGAGUGGCCACUAAUAAUGGGAAAGGAACAGUUUCGUGAGGCCGAUAUGGCCCUAAAAGUAGUUGGUGUAAAAUUUGCGCCCGGUGACUGCGAAUUCAUGCGGCAGACGGCGUACGUUCCGGUAUACAACAAUAAACUUUAUGAAGACGUUGGAGGAAAGCUACAACCUGCAGCUUAUGGUCCUUUGGAUCCAAAAAUGGGGACAUCUACGAAAACGGGAACGUGUUCUACAUGUGGCCUAGGACUUACCGAUUGUGUUGGCCAUUUCGGAUAUAUGGACCUCGACUUUCCAGUUUUUCAUAUUGGAUUCUUCAAGCUCACUAUUCAGCUUCUUCAAUGCAUUUGUAAAAAUUGUUCUUCAAUUUUAUUAACUAAAGAGCAGUUUCGCAAUUUUUCGCGACAAGUCAUGAACCCGAAUAUAGAUUAUUUACAUAGGAAAGCUCUCCAUAAAAGAAUUGUGGCAACAUGCAAAAAGAAUGGAGAAUGUUUUGAAUGUGGAAUGAAAAACGGUGUUGUUAAAAAAGCGGUCGGAGCUGUUUUGAAAAUUGCUUUUGCAAGCCCUGUUCCAGCAGAGGAGUUAGGUAAAUAUGCGACCAUGUGCGCUUCGAAUGUUGAAGUCGGUGAUUACGUCAAGAAAAUGAAAUUUACACUUCUCAACCCUCUCUUUGUGCAGAAGCUUUUCUCAAAUAUUAAAGAACAUGAUAUUCAUGUGUUGAUGGUGCGAUCCGGUGAAGAUAAGCAUCCUAAUGAGCUUCUUUUGACAAGAAUUCCUGUUCCGCCUGUCUGCAUUCGACCAUCGGUGGUGUCUGAAGUAAAAUCAGGAACAACAGAAGAUGAUGUAACAAUGAAGCUAAUGGAGAUCAUGCUUACAAAUGACGUUCUGCGGAAACACAAAAGAGAUGGAGCGCCGACAAAAACACUAUUCGAAACAUGGGAGCAUUUGCAGAUCCAAUGUGCUCUUUAUAUCAAUAGUGAAAUGUCAGGUCUUCCUCCGGAUUUGCAGCCGAAAAGAGCCACUCGCGCGUUUACUCAGCGGCUUAAAGGAAAACAAGGACGUUUCCGGGGAAAUCUUUGCGGAAAGCGCGUUGACUUCUCAGGAAGAACUGUCAUCUCACCGGAUCCAAAUUUGAGGAUUGAUCAAGUCGGUGUUCCGAUUCAUGUCGCCAAAACUCUCACAUUUCCCGAAAUAGUAAACAGUGCGAAUAUUGACAGAAUGCGACAAUUGAUUAUAAAUGGCAGCGAUAUUCAUCCUGGUGCAAAUUAUUUGGUUGAUAAAAAGACUGGGAACAAGAGACUUUUAAAGUAUGGAAAACGUGAUGAAUUGGCCAAAAAUUUACGAUUAGGUGAUAUUGUUGAACGACAUUUGGACGAUAAUGAUGUUGUACUGUUUAAUCGACAGCCCUCUCUUCACAAAAUUUCAAUCAUGAGCCAUAGAGCAAAAGUUAUGCCGGGAAGAACAUUUCGUUUCAAUGAGUGUGCAUGUACGCCCUACAAUGCUGAUUUCGAUGGAGAUGAGAUGAAUUUGCAUUUACCGCAGACCUACGAGGCGAAAGCUGAAGCCAGCGAAUUAAUGAACGUUAAGAAUAAUUUGAUUACCCCACGUUCUGGAGAGCCUCUGAUUGCCGCUAUUCAAGAUUUUAUUACUGGCGGUUACCUAUUAACGCAUAAGGACACUUUUCUUCCUAAAGAUGAAGUUUAUCGAUUCGCAGCAGCUCUCAUUGAUCCAUCGGCGAAGAAGCAAGCAAAAAUUCGAAUUCCGCCACCAGCGAUACGGUAUCCUGUUGAACUUUGGACUGGAAAGCAACUGAUUGAACUAAUCAUCCGACCGGACAAAGGGUCAAAGGUCUCGUUGAAUUUGACAACAAAAAAUAAAAGCUACUCCGGAAAUCUGGAGUUUUGCGGAAAAGAUUCUUACGUAAUUAUUCGGAAUAGUGUACUUCUUUGUGGAGUUCUCGAUAAAUCAUUACUUGGAUCCUCAUCGAAAACAAACAUUUUCUACAUGUUGAUGAGAGAUUAUGGUGAAGAUGCCGCUGUUGAUGCUAUGUGGCGAUUGGCAAGAUUGGCUCCAGUUUUUCUGUCGAAUAGAGGAUUUUCUAUUGGAAUUGGAGAUGUUCGACCAAACGAAAGGCUUUUAGCUGAGAAAGGGCAGCUUAUUGAUAAGGGAUAUGCUGAAUGUAAUCAAUAUAUUAAACAGUUAGAAGAAGGAAGGCUGAAAGCUCAACCAGGUUGUACUGAAGAAGAAACUUUAGAAGCAAUUAUUCUUAAAGAAUUGUCGACUAUUAGAGAUCACGCUGGACAGAUUUGUCUUCGAAAUCUUUCUAAACACAAUGCUCCACUAACUAUGGCCGUUUGUGGCUCGAAAGGAUCAUUUAUUAAUAUUUCACAAAUGAUUGCUUGCGUCGGACAACAAGCCAUUUCCGGGCAUCGUCCGCCUGAUGGAUUUGAGGAUCGUUCACUCCCGCACUUUGAACGUAAAAAGAAAACUCCAGAAGCGAAAGGAUUCGUAGCGAAUAGUUUCUAUUCUGGACUAACACCAACGGAGUUUUUCUUCCACACCAUGGGAGGAAGAGAAGGAUUAGUUGACACAGCUGUUAAAACUGCCGAAACUGGAUAUAUGCAAAGAAGGCUCGUUAAAUGCUUAGAAGAUCUGUGCGCAAGUUAUGAUGGAACAGUUCGAUCAUCGGUUGGUGACAUUAUCGAAUUUGUGUUUGGUGAAGACGGUCUUGAUCCCUCUAUGAUGGAAGCCAAGGAUGGAAGCGUUGUGGAUUUUGCACAUAUAAUGGAGCACUCUAGAAACACGGAACUAGGUGAAUGUCCAAUAAAAGUAGAGGAAAUGGAGCAAUUUGUGCAAGCAGUACUCAAGAAAUACUUCAAAGGAGAACACAAGCAUUUUGCGGCUCAAUGUGAAGAAUAUCUUGUGAAGGAGCUUGAAAAGUCAAAAAAAUAUCUAACGAUGUCGGAUACUUGCGCAGAGCAUGAGAUCAUAACUGAGAAAUGUGCUGCUUGCAAACAAAAUAUGGCGUACAAAAAAUUAUUGGUUUCGAAUUGUUGUCUCACUCAUGCUCAAAUUACUACUUUCGUCAAGUUAUGUGCUUUCAAAUGUGCUAGAGCAAUUACAGAACCAGGAACUGCGGUAGGAGCUAUUGCCGCUACUAGUAUAGGUGAACCCUCUACUCAAAUGACUCUUAAAACAUUCCAUUUCGCUGGUGUUGCUUCUAUGAACAUCACUCAAGGAGUACCAAGAAUCAAGGAAAUCAUUAAUGCCGUUAAAACAACACUUGCUAGACGAGUGAAAGCAAGAAUUGAAAAAACAACGCUGGGAGAAAUUUGCGACUAUAUUGAGGAAGUUUAUUUGCCUGACGAUUAUUUCCUGCUAGUUAAAUUGAAUUCGAAGAGAAUUAGAUUGCUUCAAUUAGAAGUUAGCAUGGAGUCUAUUGCAUACGCGAUAGCGACAUCAAAAGCCUCGCCGGUUUUGAAGGGGGUUAAUAUUGUAUCACAUGGAAAAACGAUUAUGGUUGUCAGACCAGCAAAAACAUCGAAGUUUAGUAAAACGAUGACAAUGCAGAUGCUAAAAUAUUCUAUGGCGAAUGUUGUUGUGAAAGGUAUAUCUUCGGUUAAUCGCUGCGUGAUUCACGCAGAUGAAAAAAAAGGCGACAGCUACUCGCUUCUUGUGGAAGGGACCGAUUUCCGUGGCGUUUUGUCGUCAGUCGGCGUUAAUCCAAAAAAGACCAAUUUCAACAACGCUCUCGUCGUGGCGGAAGUUCUCGGAAUCGAGGCAGCCAGAAGCUGUAUAAUAAAUGAAAUCAUUGCGACCAUGGAUGCUCACGGUAUUGGCUUAGAUCGACGUCAUGUUAUGUUGCUUGCUGAUGUCAUGACUUACCGAGGUGAAGUGUUGGGAAUUACGCGGAAUGGUUUGGUUAAAAUGAAGGAUUCCGUUCUUUUAUUAGCAUCAUUUGAAAAAACAAUGGAUCACUUGUUUGAGGCGGCGUUCUUCUCGCAACGCGAUAUUAUUCAUGGGGUAUCAGAAUGUAUUAUUAUGGGAACACCGAUGACUGUUGGAACUGGAACGUUCAAGUUGUUACAGAAAUAUGAAAAGAAGCCUGAACUGAAAAAAUUAAACCCAAUUUUUGAAAAUCCGGACUUCAAGUUAAAUAUUUGA